AAUUUUAAUUUGUCUCAAACUCUGUGUGCUACUCUGGCCCCAGGUCUCGCAAUCAGAGAAUACCAGGUGCUCCAAGCCUCCAAUGGCUAUAGAGUCCUCCUCACUCUCUUCCUCACUUUUACUCUAGCCAAUCAAAAAAACCCCUUAAACCCUCCAACAAAUAGAAGAUAUGGAUUCCAUUGAUAUCAGUUUCUCCGCAGUUCUAUCUUGGAUUCCGUUAUACUAUUCAAAAUCCCUUGGUUAAAAAUUUUCCAAGGAAAAUACCUGGAAUUUUCAACAAAAGAAAAGUAGGAAUCAGAGAAGAAAAAGAAAAAUCUAAGAAGACAUAGAGAUGGAGGAGAGGCAUGUUUUGUUCGGGAAAUACGAAAUAGGUAGACUACUGGGAAAAGGGACAUUUGCGAAGGUGUACUAUGGCAAAGUGGUGGAUUCAGGGGAAGGAGUGGCAAUCAAAGUGAUCAACAAAGACCAGGUGAAGAAGGAAGGUAUGAUGGAGCAGAUCAAGCGCGAGAUCUCGGUGAUGCGAAUGGUUCGGCAUCCGAACAUCGUGGAGCUCAAAGAGGUCAUGGCCACCAAAUCCAAGAUCUUCUUCGUGAUGGAGUACGUCAGAGGAGGCGAGCUCUUCGCCAAAGUCGCCAGGGGCAAACUGAAGGAGGAUCUGGCUCGCAGAUAUUUCCAGCAAUUGAUCAGCGCCGUUGAUUUCUGCCACAGCAGGGGAGUCUCUCACCGAGAUUUGAAGCCCGAGAAUCUCCUCCUCGACGAGAAUGGCAACCUCAAGAUCUCCGAUUUCGGGCUCUCCGCUCUCCCGGAGCAGCUCCGCAACGACGGCCUCCUCCACACUCAGUGUGGAACUCCGGCGUACGUUGCCCCUGAAGUUCUGAGAAAGAAAGGCUACGACGGUUCCAAAGCCGAUAUUUGGUCCUGCGGAGUGAUUUUGUUUGUGCUUCUGGCUGGAUUUCUUCCAUUUCAGGAUGAGAAUAUCAUGAAGAUGUAUCGCAAAGUUUUCAAAGCCGAAUUCGAAUGCCCGCCUUGGUUCUCAUCCGAAGCCAGGCGAUUGAUCUCCAAACUACUUGUCGCUGAUCCCGAUCGACGGAUCACUAUCCCAGCUAUCAUGCGCGUCAGUUGGUUCCGCAAGGACUUUACUAGGCCCGUAGCGUUUUCGGCCCAAGAGCCCGUACCCGACAACAAGCUGGAAGAAAACGACGACAGCAAAUCGUUGUCGUCGUCGCCCAAGUUUUUCAACGCGUUCGAGUUCAUCUCUUCAAUGUCGUCGGGAUUCGACCUCUCGAAUCUGUUCGAGAGCAAAAGGAAAGCCGGGUCGAUGUUCACGUCGAGAUUCUCGGCUACGGCCAUCAUGACGAAGAUCGAGGCGGUGGGCAGAGGGCUCAGCUAUAAGGUUUCGAAGGUGAAGGAUUUCAAAAUAAGGCUUCAAGGUCCUUCGGAAGGGAGGAAAGGGAGGCUGUCGGUGACGGCGGAGGUCUUCGAGGUGGCGCCGGAAGUGGCCGUCGUUCAGUUCUCCAAGUCGGCCGGCGAUACUCUGGAGUACGCCAAGUUUUGUGACGAAGAUGUCAGACCGGCAUUGAAAGACAUCGUUUGGACAUGGCAAGGAGAUAACCUUGUUGAUAACGCCAAUGCUGCUCCUGACGCUGAAGUGAACAGUGAAGAAGAUAAAUUUUUAAUCAAGUAAAUACCUGAUUAGGGGUUUUCACUUUUAUUUUUAUUUUAUUUUUUGUGUGUGUUUUUCUUUUUUCUUUUUUCUUUUUUUAAAGAAAAAAAGUUGGGAUCCAGUUUGGAUUUGUAUAUAUUAAUUUUGUGAGUUAGCAUGUGUUAAUGAACGUAUAUAUUAUA